AGAUCUGUUUAGAGAGAGAGAGAUAUCAAUUAAAAGGACCUCUCACAUUUAUAUUGUGCUCUCUCUCUCUCUCUCUCUCUGUCCUGCCUUUAUAUCGUGAGUAGUAAAAGACAUCUAUCUCUCUUCUUGCAAGUGGUGGUUUACACUUACAAAACAUUUCUCUCAUCUCCCUCCUGUCUUUGUCUUUCGUUUUCAAUUCUCACCUUUCGAUUUUGUUUUUUUUUGCUUUUUGGGUUGUUUCUCUCUUUCUUUACUUCAAUUUUGAAUCUUUUUUUGGUUUCUUCUUCUCUCAGUGUAGUGUGGUUUCAGUGGAGUGUUGAUUUUUUUAAUUAACAGCGAAUGGGAAUGGGAAUGCUUGCUUGUGUUUUUAGUUCUUAGCUAGAGAGAUAAAUCGAAUCUGAAGUUUCAGACUUUUGUUGCUGCACUGCUACUACUCUGAUCUUUGUGUGAAUUUCAUGUGUGAUUCUUUAUGCAUUGUUCAUCUUCUGUUUCUCUCUAGGGUUUUUGUUUGGUCAUGAUGAUUCUCUGAGAUCUUACAUUCAUGCAUUUUCCUCAUUUUGUGGGUUGGUUGAUUCUCUGAUUGAGUCCGUUUUGGCCUUAGAGAAACGCAUUUUUUUUUCAUGCACAAAGAAAUCUGAAGUUAGAUCUAAAGAUUUUAGUAAGAGACGCUCACUCUCUCCAAGUGUGAUUGAGGAGAUGGAUUUCUUAAAAGUUCGAAAAUUUCGAAAGUCUCGGAAGCCAAACCUUGAAAAGGAGAAAGAAGAGAAGAUUUUGGCUCAGCAAGAGCAGGCAAGGAGUGAGAACACUGACGCUGCUGGUGUGACAGAUUCGGCUAAAGCUGAUGAGAUCGAAGACGACGACGACGACGAUUUCAUUACUAAUGAGGUUAAGAGAAGGAUCAAGGAGUUAAGGAGGAACAGUUUCAUGGUGUUGAUACCUGAAGAGGAAGAAGAAGAAGAAGAAGAAGAGGAAUCGUAUCUAGACGAUGAUGAUGUGGGAGGAGACAAGUGUUCAAGUGAGUGGAGAGAUGUGGUCGCUGAAGGACUUCAAUGGUGGGGAGGUUUUGAUGCUGUCUAUGAUAAGUAUUGUGAGCGUAUGCUCUUCUUUGAUCGUGUUAGCUCUCAGCAGCUCAAGGAAACUGGCAUUGGAAUAGCUCCAAGUCCUUCAACUCCAUCGCCAAGAUCUGCAACUAAGAAGCUAGCUUCACCUUUUCGAUGUCUUUCUCUCAAAAAGUUGGAUUUGCCCGAGGAAGAUACCGAGUAUUUGCAGCAGACAGAGAUUGACCCUUACCAAGAUCUAGAGACUGCCUAUGUUGCUCAACUCUGCCUCACUUGGGAGGCACUUCACUGUCAAUAUACGCAGCUUAGCCACUUAAUCUCAUGCCAACCCGAACCCCCGACUUGCUACAACCAUACCGCUCAACAGUUUCAGCAAUUCCUGGUCUUGUUGCAGAGGUAUAUAGAGAAUGAACCAUUUGAACAAGGAUCAAGAUCUGAGCUUUAUGCGCGUGCAAGAAACGCAAUGCCUAAGCUCCUUCAAGCUCCUAAGAUUCAAGGGUCAGAUAAAAAGGAGAUGGAGAAAGAUACAGGCUUUAUGGUCCUUGCUGAUGAUCUCAUCCAAAUCAUCGAGAGCUCGAUCCUUACUUUCAACGUUUUCUUGAAAAUGGAUAAGAAGAAACCAAAUGGUGGUAUUCACUUGUUUGGUAACAAUAUGAAUUCGACAACCCCAUUACAACUGGUUCAGUCAUCCAUCGAUAAGAAGAGGGUGAAAGCGAAGGAGCUUACAAAGAAGACAAAAGGGUUGAAAAAGAAAUCAUGGCCUCAAACAUGGGAAGGUGUUCAGCUCUUGUUUGCAGCCAUUGACAUCAAACUCGCAACACGAGUAUUGAGGAUGUCGAAGAUCAGUGAAGAACAUCUUCUGUGGUGUGAAGAAAAGAUGAAGAAGCUCAACUUUUCUGCUGGGAAGCUUCAAAGACACCCAUCUCCAAUUCUUUUCCCUUGUUGAUAAUAAAUGAUGAACACACAAUGAUUUCAAAUUCAACUGUUCCCUUUUUAUCCGAUCAGUAAGAUCCGGUUCAAGGGGUUUUCUCUUUUUUUUUGCAGACAAAAAUCAAAGAAAAAAUUGUGUGUUAGUUACAUUUGCAUCAUUAUAUUUGCAAAUAAGGGUCCAAUCUAAGAAGAACACACUAGCUUUGGUAAUA